UGCGCCUAGCCAGCUCGUCGCAAUUUGUUCGUUUCCCCUGGUCUCCGUGGGAUAGAAAAGACGAGCACACCGCAAUCGUGUGGGCCGUUCGUCCUACCGAUACGUUCUCGUCCGGCUCGCGUACCACUGGACGGAAGGUGAGACGCCGGCAAGGCCUCCCGCACGGUGGGUGUAGUCUCCCCGCGGUGCAUUGCUUCUCUCUCGCCACAUGAGGAGUCGGACUAGCCGCCGCCAAGAUGGCCGCUGACCGGCUACAGGCAUCGCUUCGCUCCGCACCGUAGUGUUGCAAAGCCGCCUGUGCGUUUAUCCGUGCCUGAUCGGAGCGCUCCGAAAGAUAGGCAGCCAUGGGUAUUCAAGCCCUACAGAAGUUCAUCGAGGCCAACUGCCCGGGCGCCUGCGUUCCCGUGGACCUGCUGAAGAUCGCGCGAAACGCCGCGGUCCGCCGCCCCGGGGGUCGCGGAAACCCGCGACUGCCCGCCGCCGGCAACCGACUGUGCCUCGUGGUAGACGGCGAGUGCUGCCUGGACCGUCUCUACGGAGGCUACUUCUCGGACUGGGUAUGCGGCGGCCAGUGGAACCGCAUGGUUCAGUUCCUCUCCGUACUCAUCCAAACAAUACAGAACAACAACAUCGAGCUCGCCGUCUUCUUCAACGGAAGCCUGGAACCGCAGCGGCUCGAAGAAUGGCACCGGCAACAGCAGGCCGAGCGACGCAAGGUGGGACAGGUUCUCAAGCAUGUGGCAACCAAGGCCACUCCGCCGCCCAAGGUGUGGUGGAUAGCUCCCGUCUGCCUGAGGACCUGCCUGCGAAUGGCGCUUCGGCACCUCAACGUCACCGUGAUGUGCAGCAUGGACGACCACCGGCAGGAGGUGAUCGCCUUCUGCCGCGAAAACGGCUUCCACGGACUGAUGGCCGAGGAUGCCGAGUACGCCAUCUUCGACCCGCCGCGAUACUUCUCGUCGGCGCAGCUCAAGCUCACGUACAAGGGCUCCUUGGAAACACGGGAGUUCAUCCUGGAUGAGGUGGCUCGCAGCCUGAACCUUCACCCGAACCGUUUCUGCGUGCUGGCAGCACUGCUCGGAAACUACCUGCUUUCGGAGGAGGACCUCGUGCCCUUCCAUCGUUCCCUCUGUCCCGAUGCCAAAGGCAAGGCGAUUCCCCCCGAGACUCUGAUCCCCGCGGUGGUCGAGUUUGUGCGAGGUCUGCCCUCGACGGAAGACCUGGACGCCCUGGGAGCCCGCGUGUUCCCUGGUGCACCCCGCGACAAGGUGCAGCGGCUCAAGAACUGCGUGCACUAUUACCUGAACGGCACCCGGGACGGGUUCUUGCGCUACCGACCCUCAAGCCAGGGGCGCCGGCACGAGUCCGGCUGCUACCCAUCCACGUCCGGCUCUUCGUCGGGGCUGCCGCCAAUCUCCGAGCAGCCUGCAGUCAAUGGCAAAGCUGAUGCUUCGUCACCAGUCCUCGACUUAUCACCCGGAGAAGAUGGCCUGCAGAGAUCAGAUCCGGCCAAAUUUGCAUCUGAGACGGCCGAGAGAGAGCUGUCAAGUUUGACGGCAUACCGCCAGGCAACGGGCGGCGGCUACCCAACGGCUAGUCACAACGGAAGUGUUGUGAACGGUGCCUACAAGCCAGGUGAACCUCUGGACUUGCGUGUGAACCACGCCGAGGACGACAGCGUCGCAGCAGGUGCCAACGGUGUCUCGCAGCCAAACGGUCCAGCACAAGUGAAUGGUGGGCCCCUGGGACCAAGCUCGUCGAGCAGCAACAGUUCCAGCCCCGGCCGCCAGAGCCCCAAAUCUUGGCAGGGACGAAAGGGCCAGAAGGGUGGUGCCGGUGCAGCUAGCCCUGGUGGUGAGCCAACGAGUGCCGGCGGCAGCAGUGGUGCUGAGGCUCGAAUUGCCGGCGGUUCGUUCGUCAUGCCCGAGACCCCCAAGCUUCCCAAGGUUCCUCCGGAGGUGAUGCGGACAGCGAGCGAGCGGCACCAGAAGGGUCUCAUGUCCCCCUGGAUCUACCAGCUGCUGUCGCAGGGCGCCAUCAAGAUUCCAGUGGCCAUCGAAGACGAGGCUCCCCGCGACAUCCCCUGGGGAGUGACCCUGUUCCGGCCCAUCCGGCAAAUGGUCUACGCCGUGCUGUUCAACAUGCACCACCAUGCAUUUGUUGCCCGGCAAAAGCGGGAGGCGGCUGCCGCGUCCGCAAGUGGCGAUGCCGCCAAGACCAACAAGGAGGGCGCCAACAAGGAGGAUGGUGAGAGGCCAGCAGCAGUCGUACAAAUUGUGGGAAGAAAAGAGCAAAUGAGCUUCUUAGCAUUUUGA